AUGAAGCUGCCGCCACAUCGACCGGGUGUGGAUCAUGAAGUCAACCUGCAGCCUGACAAGAACGGCAACGAGCCACCCCUUCCAGGAUUCAUCCGAGCGAGUAGCUCAGCGGCUGCCGCGCCGGUGCUGUUCCGCGACCGAUACCCACUGCCCUUCAUCGCGGAGACCCUGCAGAAUCUGGCCAAGGCUAAGUGGUUCACCAAGUUGGACGUGGUGGCCGCUUUCCAUAAGAUCCGCAUGGCUCCGGGACAUGAGGAAAGAAUGCAUUUCGCACGAGCGUACCUGGAUGAUGUACUGAUCUACUCGAGCGGUUCGAAGGCGGAUCAUGAGGCUAAGGUGCGACGAGUUCUCCAAGCACUCGCCGACGCUGGGCUGCACCUAGACCCAGCGAAGUGCGAGUUUUCGGUACAAGAGGUCAAAUACCUUGGGUUCAUCGUCAACGCAGGGAAAGGAAUCGCCUGCGACCCCGAAAAGCAGCGCGCCAUCCGCGAAUGGGAGGCCCCGACCACGGUGAAGGGUGUCAGAAGCUUUCUGGGCUUCGCCAACUAUUACCGGAUCUUCAUCCCCGACUAUGCCAAGAUCACGCAGUCUCUGGAUGCCCUGCUUAAGAAAGGAACUGCCUUUCAUUGGGGACGAGCGGAGAACGAGGCGUUUCAGGAGCUGAAGCGACGAUUUUGCGAGUCACCGGUGCUCAAGCAGUGGGACCCGAGCCUCCCGACCUUUUUGGAGACGGAUUGCUCAGGCUACGCAUUGGGAGGCGUCCUGUCGCAGGAAGGCCCAGAUGGACGUCGACACGCAUGCGCCUUCUUCUCGAAGCGACUUUCGCCAGCGGAGUACAACUAUCCCAUUCACGACAAGGAGAUGCUUGCCAUCAUGAGAUGUCUCGACAACUGGAACGCCGAACUUAGGAGCUGCGGCCCAUUUACAAUCCUUACCGAUCACCGCAACCUGGAGUAUUUCAUGACACGCCAGAAGCUCACGGAACGGCAGAGCCGUUGGGCAGCCGAAUUGUCCCAGUUCGACUUCAAGCUCGAGUAUCGACCGGGAAGCGAGGCUGUCGUGCCUGAUGCGUUGUCCCGCCGUGAACAAGACAAGCCACAGGGCAUUGACGACGAGCGGGAACAAGGAAGAAUGAUACAGUUGAUACCGGAUAGUGCCAUUCCAUCAUCGACAAGAGCAUGUAUCAACGCGAUGAGUUCUGACUGUUCAGAGGCAUCCACCCUGCCGAAGAUGAAGGUCUUCGAGGUAGCGGACCUGCAGCAACUCUGGGACGAAACGGUGGCGAAGGACUCGAUAUUCCGGGCAGCCUAUAAGGCAGUCCGCGAUCGCGAGCGUGCCUUCCCGCCCUCGCUGGGCCUGAAGAUCCAGAUUUCAGAAUGUGCGAUCGACGCAGGCAAAAGGCUGACAUUCAGAGACCGUAUUUGGUCGCAUGACUCUGUUGCGACCGGUCAUCCCGGCAGGGAAGGUACGCUGGCUAUUGUGGCUCGGCGAUUCUACUGGCCUGGGCAGUCCCAGCUGGUUCGCCGUCGAAAGGGAUUUCUCAAGCCUCUGCCGAUUCCAGAUCGACCCCGAAGCCAUUUGUCCAUGGACUUCAUCACAGAUCUGCCGCCUACUGGACCGAGCAAGGCAAGGUACCUGUGGGUGAUUGUGGACAGACUGACAAAGGCUGUGACCCUCGAGUGUCAUUACCGAUUUCACGGAAUGCCACGGUCCAUCGUCAGCGACCGCGGGAGCAACUGGCUAAGUAGGUUCUGGAAGAGGUUCUGCCGUCUUGCAGGUGUCACGCAGAAAUUGAGCACGGCCUAUCAUCCUCAGACGGACGGAGGGCCAGAGAGAAUGAACCAGGAGAUCGAGGCCUACCUGAGAGCCUACGUGUCGUACGUGCAGGACGACUGGGAGAACUGCUCCUGCCGCGCAGCUGGCACUCAACAAUCGUGA